CCAAACCAUCCCAUCCUUAGUUGAUUCGAGCUUGGGCCAGGCCGAUCGGCAGGAGACCGCGGACCAAUGGUUGCCACCAACCAUCCCUCCAUGCCAUUUAGUCAGCUCUUGAUCGUGGCCAUCUCGUGUCAUGGUGCUUCUCGUUCAGUUCCAGUGAACAACACCUCCUUUGGGCUCCUCGAACAUCUGCCGUCUUCUUGGCUGGUGCCGCCGUCCGCGCGACUCCUCUCGUGUUCGCCGCAUCGUCUCCGCCACCGCUCGACACCCGAUCAUUCCUCCGCAAUAUCUCCUUCCGUCAUUCUCUCGACGAGACCCGUACCCCUCUGACCAGUGUUACUAGCUCAGUUGCAACAAUGGGUGGCUCGUUAUCUCGUAUGUGGUCCUUCCUCUGGACGAAGAAGGAGAUUCGCAUCCUCAUUCUCGGGCUGGAUAACGCGGGAAAAACAACCCUUCUUUACAGACUCAAGAUUGGUGAAGUGGUCACUACGAUACCGACCAUUGGUUUCAAUGUGGAAUCGGUGACGUAUCGGAAUUUGAAUUUCAAUGUCUGGGAUCUCGGAGGUCAAACGUCCAUUCGCCCCUACUGGCGCUGUUACUAUGCCAACACGGCCGCUGUCAUAUUCGUCAUUGAUUCCACAGAUAUUGAGCGACUUGGGACGGCCGCUGAUGAGCUUGCGGCGAUGCUGAACGAGGACGAGCUUCGUGAUGCGGCUCUGUUGGUAUUUGCCAACAAGCAGGACCAGCCCGGCGCCAAAGGCGCGGGCGAGAUAUCAGAGGCUCUGAAGCUGGGCGAACUGCGGGACAGAAACUGGAGCAUCGUCGCAUGCUCUGCGAUUGACGGAAAAGGUCUUAAUGAAGGCAUGGAUUGGCUGGUGCAAACUCUUCAGUCCGAAAAUGCAUGAGCAACGGUGUUCUGUGACAUGUUAUAGAUUUCUUUUGAUAUAUUUCCCGGCUUUCAGGUGAUAAGGCUCCGCAGAGCUUAUGGAUGCUUGUCAUUUAUCCUUGGUGCCGUUCACUCGUCUUUCCUUCCAUGUCCUUUUUCUACUCUGUUCAGGGCUCAUGUCGUUCAUACAGUAUACCUUUUUGAUAUCGAAAUUCCCCAGACUUAGCAUAAUAUCCUAAUUGAUUUGAAUUUGAGUUUGGCUCGCCUUGUUUGUGCUUUACGGCCUUGACCGGACAGAUUUAAGUCGCUGUGCUUUUGGUUGGAUGGAAGUAGUUGUUCUUAGCGGUUAUCGGCCGUGGUUGCAUUAAUGUUGCGAGGCUACGAACGAGAUUGAAGACAAGAUGCUAUUGAUGCUGGAAUCAUGUGGAUUGCCUGUAUCUAAACUCUGUUGCCCAUACAGAAUCAGAAGCAGAAAAUAGGACUGUAU